AAGAGAAUGCGCUGGCGAAUGAGCAUGGAAAAGUGUGAGUAAAGAGAGCGUACGCGCUAUAGAUAGCAGACUAACGCGCGCCGAAGGACUUUUACGUAGUUUACGUUACGUUUUUUACUAUGUAGGCGUAUGUGCGAGCGACAGUGGUGGCCAUGAGCGUGAAUGUAUGCGGGUGCUUGCUCGCCUGAUGGUGAAGGUGUGCUAUGUGCGGGUGGUCACCGCAUUCAUGCGCGCGUGUGUGCAUGUGUGAGUAUGAGUAUGAGUACGCGCGAGUUGUAUUGUACGCGCGCGCGCGCCUAUAAAUCGGCAACGUUUUACUGCCAUACAUACUUAGGACGGGAUGUUUGCUGGCUUGCAUGCGAGAGCAGCGUUGCAUAGUUUUUCAAUUAGUUUGAGAAAGGUGCUUGCCGGCGACAGGCGUUUGGCAAAGGCGUGCGUGCGUGUUUGUUGUGUUCAAGCUUUUAUAACUGUUGUAUAUAUAUAUGUAUAUGUGUGCGUUUUGAGUCUCUACUGGUUAUGCUAUUUAUAAGCGCUCAUACGUAUACCAGACGGGCAUGAAAAAUAAAUUUAAAUUUUUGAAAAACAACAAUUUUGUCGAAAAGCGGUGAAUAAUGCGGGCGCCGCGUCAAUUGUGAUUUGUGCGCACUCACGUAAAGAACAGCAGAACUUUAGGCGAAUUUCCGAAACGGAAUAUUUUAAGUGAAAAUUUUGUGCUUUAGCAAAUAUUACAACAAAAAAGUGAACGCAGUGUGCUGCGGCUGAAAAUCGUCCUUACUUUUGCCUGUGUAUAUUUAUUUUAUUGGCUUCCGCGUUGCAAAAAGAAACGCACUUGAGAAAUGCUUUUGGCAGGAUUCGUCGUUAGUCGCCCGUCGUUGUCGACGUGCACGUCGUAGCAAUAAAAUCGAUAUUUCCUUGCUGUAUCUUACGGCGAAAGGUGCGCAGCAGCAGCGACGACGCCGCGCUGGCAGCGAAGCGCUAACGCUGCACCGCUCGUACACAAAUAACAACAAUUCAUCGUAUAACGCUACAAAUGCCAGCGACCAAUUGAAGUUGCAAGCAAGCGACAAACGCCGGCGCUAACAGCGCGCUGCCAGCGCUAACCCUUGCGCCCACAUUGGCGCUGUGGCUUGUGCUGCCAGCAUUCACAACUGUGUAUAUGCAACGACUACGACUGCGACGACGACGACGACUUGAAAUAUGUCUGCCACAAUGGCGAUAGCAAUGGCGUUGCCGAAGACGAUGUCGUUCUUGACUGCGCAUUCGUUAUUGGCGUAUCCGUGUCUCGUUGAUUCGUGCCGCUCGGCUAUAAACACAAUCACAAGCAAUACUAGCAACAGCGCAACAACAACUACAAGUAAUAAUACUACAGCUACUACUACUAUGCUGCCAUACAGUACAUGCGCGCCGUUGUUAUUGUUGUUGGUUUUAUUAUUGUUGCCACCGUCUGCAGUCAUAGCAUAUGCCGUAAAAAAUAUAAACGUGACUCGUUCGACAUUGAUGUUGACGACAACGACGACGACGACGACGACUGUAGCGGCAGCGGCGUUCUAAAUGCAGCUGCAUUUGUAUAUGAAGUCAUAAAGUCAGCGAGCCAGUCAGCGAUCGGCGUAAAGUGUGUGCGCGUUGCAAAAAAAAAAAGCAUAUAAAGUAAUAAACUAAAUUGUCUGUGGUUCGGCAAGCAGCGUUCGGCGCUGCUAAUUUGACAAAAAAAAAUAAACGCCGCGCUUAGCUGGAGCGCUUUGUACGCGCCGCAGCAGUCAUCAUACUCGUAGAAACACUGAGUUGGUAUUGUGUUAAAAAUAAUAAUGAUAAAGUUUGUUAGGCAAAAGAGUCGCGAGCAUUCAGUUAAAGCAUCAAAAAGUUUUUUUAAGAAAAAGGGCGAGUCGAAUGAUUCCGGUACCGAAUCUGAUGGUGACGUCCUAGAUGUUGACAAGCAUCGCCCUUUAGACUUGGACAUGGAAACCAGCUUAAGCUCCUGCGCCGAUGUGAAUUCGCCAACAACAGACACCGCCUGCUCUUCGUCAGCGUCUUCUGCGAUGAUGUGUCAAUCCCACCUUUUAUACGAUCAACACAGCUCCGAAGAGGAACUGGAAGUGAUCAAUGGCCCAUCAUCGGUAGCAGCCGCCGAAGCGGCAUCCAAUGUAUUGGUGGUGCGUGGCACCACCUCAUCACUCAUAUCGGAGCGUGGCUCGUCGUCGUUGGAGCCCGAAGAGCUAUUCGGCGAAGCAUCGACAUCGAAACGUUCCAGCUCAACUUUGGUUGAGAAUCGCAAACGAUCUCUGGCGCAUAGCUCCGAUGAUGACCUGAGAAACUUCUUGGAACCAGUAUUGACACCAGUGAAUUUUCGCACAUCACCACCAUUGGAAGCUUUCAAGCCAAACCGCAGCCACAAAUAUCGCUCCACAACGCCACUGAUACUAUCGGAGGCGCGUUGCGGCAUCGAAAAUAUUAAAUUAUGUGAUAAUAGUGUUAAUGACGAAAAUGGUGAGGCUGCUGCUGGCGGCGCGUCGUCAUGUGCCGCAACAGCGGCGUCGGGUGCGUCUAGCGGCAAUGCCGCACAGGCCGGCGGUGCAUGCGCUGGCGACAACAGUUCAACGAGUGUGAUUAAGGUGUGCGCCUCAUCGCUUAAGAUGAGCAAUAGCAGCCAUCAUAUCUAUCAGCCGCAACCCAAAUAUAAUUUCCACUAUAAUAGUUCGCGCAGUAGUCCCGCAUCGACGACCGGUCUCGAUGCGAUGGAGGUGCGCUCGGUUAGUCCACCGGCGAAACUCUUCCAUUCGGCUAGAUCACCACACCGCCGACCGAUACGCACACAACACGCCACACAGAGGCUACAGCGACCACAUCGGCCGUGUUUAGAUUUUGAUAAAAUGCAGCAAGUAAGUCUCUAAUGCAGCGCCAAAUCAAAGACUUUUUACUUCUCACUAAUUACAAGUAAAUGUACCUAAAAGCUCGCAUUACCCAUAACGAAAACAUGAAAUUGAAGAAAACGAAGCAAAUACACGAUUGCAAGCAUGAUGAUUACAAGAGGCAGAGAGAGAGAGAGAGAAAGAGAUAGGGAGAGGCAGGAAGAGAACGGAGUGGGCAAGAGAGAUGUUGCAGAUUUGGCAAUGAAAUGCAAAUGAAUUCGAUGAAAAUUAAGUUUAUGGCGGUUUUGAUGGUAAAUAUGUAUGUAGGUUUUGUACAGCAAAAACAAAAAUAUAAAUAACAUACACCGCUAAAUAAUUUUAUGUUAAAGAAAGAACCAAAAAUACAAAAAAUAAAGCGAAAACAUGAGCGCCAAAAGUCAAUAACAAUGAAAGCUUAGUUGUGGCGCUGUGAAAGCGCGCAGUUUUUAAAAGCUUAGGAAAAGCACAAUGAAUGACAGCGAAAAAAAGCAACUGAAAGCAAGCCCCAUUAAGCAAAAAAUGAAAAUAAUAAACAAAUUACAACAACAACAAUAGCCCUAACUAUGCAAAUCCCCAUAAUUUACCGUAAAGAACAGACUUUUAGAAACAUAAAAUCAAAACCAACAACACUACACGCAAACACUUUACUUAAAUGUAUGUGAAAAUGUAAUUUGUAAGUUCCAGAAUUUGUGGUCCCAGUUCUUCUUUGUUUAUAUAGUAUAUAUAUUUUUGUUCUGAAACGUUAUGUAAAAGCUUUAAGUCUGAAGUCUGUUAAGUAACAUCACUCGAUUUAAUGUAAAAAAUAUGAUCUCGAUACUUUUUAGUAACAGGGUUGCCAAAUUGCGUAAAAGUUUAUACUAAAUAUUUUGUUGAAAAGCUGAAUUCGGUGUUUAACUAGUCUAUAUAUGGUAUGAGAUGGCCAACUCGCAGUUCGACCGCGGGAAAGUCUAAAAUCAUGAAACAUUUCAUACUAAUAGACUUCUAAUCUCAGCAUUCAGAGAUAUUGUGAUGUUAAAAAAACUUUUUUAAAAAUGCUAAAAUUCCUUGGACGCCAGCUUAAAGCUUUCAAACGAGAUGUCAUAUCGAUCGUAAAUUCUAAAUAUUAGACCCAAUUUAUGAAUUUAAUAUUCGAAUGUUUAGCAUCAUAAAGGACGAUCAUCAACUUAGUAGUAAAGGCGAUAAGAGAGUUGAUUUCGUAACAAUGGUCGGAAGAGUUAUUCUACUUAUAGAUAGCUAGGUAGAGUGGCUUUCUAACGAUGCAUUUACGAAGAACAUUAUAAUGCUACUGGACUAAGGUCCCCUGACUCUAUUGUCCCCUCUCUGCACCAGCCAAGCUUCUGAUAAUGUUCAUCAGUACGAAAAGUUUUGUCUGUACGACCUCCGAGACGUCGUCAAGAAACUCUCGAUCAAUACAUUUAUUUUCUUAUAUAGAGGCUUAUAUUCUAAUAGAAGUUGUUUUAUAGUCUCCUCCUCUUCUAACUUCCAACAGCUUCUACAGUAGCCGUUCUAUGGCGUAGUCUACUGUAACCUGUUAACACUCCUACUAGAGUUCGUAUAUCAUUCCAUUUAAAUUUUAAUAGUUCCAUGUGCGUUCAGGUCACGCUUGCCAGUUUGCAGAGCAAAUCAAGGAUAGAUUCCAUCGAGACUCAGCUAUUUUUAUAACAUAUUUCUCGAUGAUUCUCCUACAAGUACCCAAAGAGAUAUGAAUUCUCUCUUUAUUGGAAUCUAAUUGUAGUAUAGUGUCUGUUCUGAUUAGUUCAUCUGCUUCACAGUUCCCAUAGUGAUGUCCUGGAAACCAUGAUAGGUUCUUCUUGCCAUAUUUACUUAUGUAUAUUAAAGUGAGAACCCUUUGGAAGAACUCCUUUAAUCUAAAUUUAAAAAUUACACGACUUUUAAAUGGACUCCAAUGAAUACUAAAUUUCUAAAAUGGCGAAUGUAACAUUAAGUAUCGCCUCAAAUUAUCCAUAGAGAAGAGAUUUUCGAAUACUAUAGUAGAAACCCAUUGAUAGACCCUUAAAUUUGUCAGUUCGUAAAAUUAAAUUACCUUGACGAAAGAUUGGUAUAGAAAAUAUAAUCUCUAGCUCAACAGGCGUAGCUAUCUUUAUAAAGGUUUCAGAGAGACAUAUCAGCAAGCGACUUAGAAGGCAGGUCCUAAAUUUCAUGUAAAGAGGCGUGAAAUCGCUACAAUUGUAUAUUUUCCCAUACAAACCACAAAACUAAAAAAAAAGUAAUACAUACAAGUAUAUACUCAGAUAUCUUCUAUGGAUACUACGUAGGAAUUGUAUUAGACAUCCGGAAUUCGUCAGCGAUUAUAUGGUUACCACAUAAAAGUGAUGAUACUGUUUGAUAGUUUAUUUGGAACACUUUAUGGCAGUUACACGUAGGCGCGAUUUGCUACUCUCCAAUGUUUGGUGAAUCGAUGACCGCUUUACUAGUGCCGAGUUUAUACAUAACGUGAAAGCAAGCGGCAAAGAUGCUCUCUUAAUUAAUAAACAGAAGAAAAAACAAGACAUGGUCUAAUAUGUCCAACGCAUGGACCUAAUGUUUGUCAGUUGAGAUCUUACCAGCGUUCUUGAGCAUAUUUUUUAUAAGUUCGGAAAACUUAAAGCUUAAAAGAAUUAUGGCACAAUUUUGAAAGUUUAGCUUUUGACAACCCUGUUUACACUUUUUAAGAUUUCUUAUGCAAUUUAAGGCAUUUUUGUUAAUUUUUGUAAUUUUUGAAUGAAGAAAUAAUAAUUUUUUCUUGGACUUAAAGUAAAGACAGCUGUUUUUAUGAAAUUAUAGCAUUUUAAAAUUUUGAUCUCGUUUAUAUUUAUAGGCUAUAAAAUAAGUUUUUACUGUUUUUCAAUGUUGUAAACCCUAAGUAAAGGCCAAAAAAUGCAUUAAGUUCAGGAGAAAUUGUUGUAGAAAAGCAUUCUGUUCGCAUAAUUUAGUAUUUCCGAAGGCAGACAAACGAAAAACGAACAAUAAAUUUGUUAAAGAGCAAAAAACGACAGCACAACAACAAUAAACAACUCAUAACUAAUAACUUUACAACAAAAACAAAAGCAAAAACAAGAGACAGCGAAAACAAUAAACCUAAAACUUAACAGAGGAAACCGAAAAACAACAACGCAUAAAUUUAAAAAAGCAUAAGCAAAUACAAAAAACAAAAACAAAUAAGCAGGCAAAACAGAACAUUGAAUAAAACAGGCAGUGCGCAUGCGCACACACGCUGCAUAUUAAAAUCAAAUCAAAUACAACAACUAAUGUAUAUUAAAAACAAAAACAACAAAAAAUAAGUAUAAUAACUACAACAACAAUACAAAAAAAACAUUAUACAUACAUACAUAGAAACAAUAAAAAUUUUGAAAUACAUUUUUGUAAUAGGUGCGAUAAAGUAUACAUAUGAAGAGGAGUAAAAGAAAGAAGAAAAGCAGGAGGCGCUGGAAGUAAAGCACAAAGCGAAGGCGCAACAAGUAUUGGCGCAAGAGAGAGAGAGAGAGAGAGCGAGCAAGGAUCAAGCCAGCGCGUGCAAUUAUAGAGAAAAUGAAGAGCAACUGGAGCUGUAGGUGUGGGCACGAGAUGAGAGAAAAGGCGCGAGAGAGAAUGAAAGACACAACGCAAGUUGGAGAGGCCCCGGUAAAAUUGUUUAAAUAAACAAAAUAUAUACAUACAUACAUACAAACAAAUAGAAGCAGAAGCGUACAUAUUUUUUCACCAUUUUAAAUUACAACAAAAAGCAACAACAACAAAAACAAUAUAUUGAGCAAACAAUAUUAAUUACAAAUUAAGCAAAUUGAUGUAAAAACAGUGUGAAGACAGAAUUGGUAACGGUAAUAAUUAAGAUGUAAUGGAGGAAAGCAAAAAUUCAAACAUAAAUAAAGCGGAAAUAGAAAGAAAGCAUACAAAAAGCAAAAAAAAAAAAACAAAAAACAGAAGAGAAACAGUUAAUUAAAGGGGCGUGAGAGCGCAUUAAACAAUUAAGGCAGAAGGGGACUUUAUAUUAGCGUAAAAGUAAAAAAGGCAAAAAUAUAAAAACAACAAAAAAACAAAAACAAUUUGUAAAUAUUGUAUUUGUGCUGUAAAAAAACAUAAUAGAGAUAAAAAAAAUAGCUUACCGAAAAAUAUGAAAAAAUCAGCAGAGAAGAAAACAGCAAGCAAAAAUAAAAAAUAAGCAGUAAAAAACUAGUAAAAAAAGAAAAAUAAACACACAAACAAACAAACAACUCAAGCCGAAAAAAUAACUGAUAAAAAUAAUAAAUAAAACAAGAAAAAAACACAACAAAAUUAAAAAAAAAAUAUUGAAAAUAAAGAAUACUACAACAAAAACUGCAGUUACAUAUACAGAAACAAAAACCCUAAAACAACAAUAACAAUUUAGCAACAAAAAUUCAAUGUAUUUUAAUAAAUGGCAUACAAAGCAUGAAUGGCAAUUGUCUUACAACGUCUCAUAGCGCAGUAAUAUGUAUGUAAAAUGCGUCAAAGCGCGAGAAAAAGAGCGAAAAGCAAAAGCAAAACAAACGAAAGCAGCGAAAUAAAUUAAUAAUAUUUAUAAAAACCAUAAAAGCAAACAGGCGAGCAAAAAAUAAUAAGAUAAUAAUUCAUAGAAAAACAACAACAAAAAACUACAAAAAAAACAAAAACAACAAUAAAAAGGCCCACAAGGACUUUGUACAAUUUUUUACAGUAAAUAACGCAGUAAACGAACCUAAGCAAAUUGCAGCCAGAAAUAGACUAGCAUCUCAAGACAGCGAAAACAGCCCACAUAAAAGUAAAAAUCACACAUACAUACAUACACACACAAGCAAUCAUAUACGCAAACUGAUAUAGACCAACAACAAAUACAAAAAAUAAUUUUUUUCCAACAAAAAAGUCGCGAAAAAUAGCAUUAAAAAGUAUAUAUGAACAGCAAAAAUCCUAUUAGUUUAGUAAAUAUGCAGGCAUUUAACAAUAACAAAAGUAACAACUUUGCAGCAAACCAAAAAAAAAUUCAAAAAAACUAUACUGAAAACGCAAACCUAAUACUUAGCAUGCAGUGGAAAAGGUAAAUGCAACUCUGUUGUGCUAAUUAGCGUUAAGUAAAAUGAGUUAUAGUUAAAAAAUAGUUUUUUUGUUAAAAAACGAACAGUUAUCGAUAUGUUUCGGUUACAAAAAAUACCAUUUAUCGAUAUCGAUAUUUUUAACAAAAAAAAUAAAUUAUUUACAUCGAUUUUUUUUACAAAAAAACGAUAAAUUAUCGAUAUUUUCGAUUACAAAACCAAAAAUAUUAAACGAAAUAUCGCAAUCGAUAUAUUUUUUCAUAAAUAUCUGUAUUAACUGAUAAAAUAUUAACAAAGAUUGAAAACCGAUUUUUUCUUUUUAAAUGCAUUUUUUGGUUACAAAAUCGAUCAGUUAUCGAUAUUAUUUCUUUACAAAAUCUAUCAAUUAUCGAUAAUUUUUGAUUACAAAACCAAUAAUUUUAAUCGAAAUUCCGAUAUCGAUAUAUUUUUGCAAACAUAUUUGCAUUAACUGAUGAAAACAUUAAAAAAAAAAACAAAACAUAGGAAUACGAUUUCAAUACCAGUAGUUGUAAUCGAUAUACCAAUAACAAGAUUUUUGGGCCUAAAAAUAUCAUCAAUAAUAAAAUUUAAUAACUUGAGGAUUCCAUUAAUAGUGGAUAUAAAACCACACAACUUCAUUUUUGAAUUUUUUUAAAUUAUUAAAUAUCGAUAAUCUUACUCUUCGAUAUUGAUAAUUUGUAAUCCACAUUUUUUGCAUUGUCGUAAGAGCUUCAAAAUGUAGUAUAUCGAUAAAAAAAAUUGAAAUAUAUCGAUAUAUGUAUUUCGAUAUCAAUAAUUUAUAAUCGAUAUAUAUUCUUUUAUGUCUUUGAGAAUUCAAUGAAAUGUGGGCAUAAAACCAUGAAACUAAAUUUUUUAAUCAAAUCAAGCAAUAAAAUAUCGAUAUUUUUGCGUUUCGAUAUCAAGAAUUUGUAAUCUACAUAUAUUUCUGAAUGAUUAAUUAUCGAUAAUACCAAUUUUCGCUAUCAAUAAUUUAUAAUCUAUAAUUCUAACUACUUUCUAAAUGAUUAGAUAUCGAUAACACCACUUUUUGCUAUCAAUAAUUUAUAAUCAUAUUUUGUAUAUCGAUAAAAAUCAAUAAUAUAUGGAUAUCUUUCGAUUUGAACAAUUUGUAUUCCAUAUUUUUUACUAAUGUUAAAUAUUUAAAAAUUUGCUAUAUCGAUAAAAAUCGAUAUUAUAUCGAUAUUGAUAAUUUGUUAACCAUAUUUCUUACUAAUGAUUGAAAAAAUUUGGUCCUUCGAAAAAAACGAUAAUUUAUCGAUAUCGAUAACAAAAAAUUUAAACGAUAUUUUAGAAACCCGAAAUAAUUUUUUUUCCUCAAGAAACCCUUACUUUAAAAAAUAUGACGUAAUUAGAGUAACAGAGUUGUAAUUACCAGAAAUGUGCUCCUACUAAAAUUUUUAACCGAAAUUAUCAAUGUCCUACGAAAAAAAUAAAAUUAAAAUAGAAAUCAGUUACUUACAAAAUAAAAAUAAAUAAAUUUAAUACACUGGAUAAUACGUUUACUCUUUAAGAUUUGAAUUGCUCGAACAAUAAACCAAACUAUGUAUAUUAAAUUAAGUAACUUGAAAAUUAAGCAAAAAAGAACAGCAUAAGCCAGUCUGGAAAACAGAAACGAAGAAGAUAUAGAAAUCUUUGUAUCAAACAAUAUAAAUUCAUGUUUUACAGCAACGAAUAACUGUUUGCAACUCAAAAAUACUAAGCUACAAAUUAAUAGAUUUUGGCGAGCAUUUUGUAAGUCGAAGAUUAUAAAUUAAAAAUUUAAUAUAUUUUUCAUAUAAAAGACUUUUAAUUAUUUAAAAGCCAACACGACAAUUUUAUUUUUUUUUAUAAAUUUGGUUUUCGAUUACUAUUGUAUUGAAUGUUGGUUCGUACCAUAGUAAAUUACGACAUUGUAGUUUGAGUGUAGCCAUUUUAGAAUGAUUUUUCAUCAAUCGUCGUUGGCAUAGACCAUAGGCUUGUUGGGAUAGACCAUAGACUUAACGUAGCUUCACAGGAAAUAGUCUAACGGCGUCAAAUCGACCGACCGAGGCGGCCAUCGACGGGGCCAUUUCGUGAGAUAACGCGUUCAUCAAACUUGGUUUUCAAUAAAUCGAUUGUGACAUUCGCUGUGUGGCUUAAAGUACCAUCCUUUUGGAACCACAUACUGUCCAAGUCAACAUCUUUGGGCCAAAAAUAUUCGGUUAUCAUUGAGCGGUAGCGAUUCCCACUCACAGUAACGUGCCGGUCUUGAUCAACACGAAAGAAGUACAGCCCAAUGAUGCCGCCGGCCUAUAAUACGUACCAAACCGUAAUUUUUUUGAGAUGCAAUGGCGACUCAUGGAGUACAUGUGGAUUGCUGCCUGACUAUUAACGCAUAUCUUGCUUAUUGAUGAAGCCAUUCAGCCAGAAAUGAGCCUCAUCACUGAAGAUAAUUUUUCGAUGAAAAUCUGGACCAUUUUCAAGUUGUUGCUCAGCCCAAUUCACGAUCAUACGACGAUUGUGGUGGCCAAGAGGCAUCAGUGCUGACAUCAAUUUGAUCUUGUAUUCGCCACAAUGACGUGCCAGAGAUGCCCAACUUAAAGAAGGACGCGUGAGAGACUGAUUUGGGUUUUCCUCAAUUGAUGCGGGCUACGGGCACUUCUUUAUCUCACUGGCACGGAAACAUUUCGUACUGUGCCUGUGGAUUAAAAUUUUUCCACUCGACGCUCAAUUGUUGAUCUGACAGGACAAUUAUGGUGACUAUGAAUUGGAUAUAGCGCUCUUAAAGUUGAAGCCACAUACUCCGAAUUUCGGUAGUAAAUUUUAAUAAUUUCGACUUGUUGUUGGAUCGUACAUCUUUCCAUGAUGAAAUGGCAACCCUUAUUGAAGAGAAAAGUCAAAGGUGUGGAAUAAAAUAUGGCGUUGUUUGCUGUCACUAUCGGUCUACUUUUGAAAGAUCCGUUAAUUCUGAAAACACGUUUUUCUCCAGGUUGGCAAAAUCUUAUUCUUAAGAUUAUAUGACUGUCUGACGGAAUUUUUUUGAAAAAAAGGUAAUUUCAUAAGGAAGCUCGCGUCUGCUUGACAGCUUUCGCUCAGUGCACUCAAAAUAUUGCUAUUAUGACGUCACUUUAGCGCUUUCGCUCAAAGUUUAUGUGUUCGACAAGCCUAGAUUUUGGUCACCGGCAAUUUUUGUACUGAUUUUUUCACAAAAAAUUAGAUGUAUGUGUAAUUUAUUUAGAUUAUUAGAAGCACAGCAUAAGACUUUGGUGCUGAAGGCAUUGGGAAGAUUAAAGCUGUUUCUAGCGAAGCGACUUUUAAUCUUUAAAAUUUAAAUAUAUUUUAAACACGUGAUCGUACAUUUCAAAUAAAUUGUGCAAUGCUCUCUGUUUCUACUUUAAUUUUUAUUAUUAUUUUUUUUUAAUAAAUUAAUUUAUAAAAAAGAAUUUUGAAGCCAAUUAAUUGUGUAAUUAGCAAUAAAAAAUGUGUCAAUGUUGAAAAAAAUAUAUACAUACAUACAUAUGUAUUAUGUUUUGUAACUGUUUAUGCAGCAGAAAAUCAAUAAUUUCGUAAAAAACAAAAAUAUAUGUAUGCAAGCGUGUAUUUAUGUAAAAAAAAAUAAUUUCGAAAAAAUGGAAAAAUAAAUAUUUUACUUAUUUAUUACAACAUAGCUGGAAAAUAGCAAAAUAAAUCGCUAAAUUAUUAUGUUUACCAAUAUUAAGACAAAAAGAACUUACAAGUACCGCUACUAAUACAUACAAAGCUCAACCACCCCACCCCGUAACCCGCUUAGAAAAUAUAAAAAUAAAUUUUAAAUGCUAAAAAUUACAAUAACAACAACAAACAUACACCUUAACCAAGAAAUGCAUGGGAAUUUAUACAAACAUACAUACACAUACAUACAAACAACGUAUCAACAGCAAAAAAAACAAAAACAAAUGAAGCGAGCCCCAAAACUGUGGAAAAAUAUAAAUUAAUGCAAGAAAACAGCAAAUUUUACAGUAACAGCGAAAAGUAAGCGUACAUACACACACAAACAUAUGUAAAAUAUGUGCGAGUAUGUAUGCACACACAAAACAAUCGUAAGCGGUCAUCGGUGUACAGCGACGACAGUGACGCACGAAGGUCAGCAGACAUGUUAAUUCAUGAAAUAAAUUUAAAAAAAUACAAAAUAAAUAAUUAAAUAAAUAAAAAAUCAUAAAAAUACUAAAAAAUAUGCAAAUUCAUGUAUAUACAUACAUACAUACAUACAUAAAUAGAGACGACGUGCGCGUGACCAGCGUGUGAGAGAAUUUUUAAUUUACUUAGGUAUUUGAACAUUGAAUAUCAUUGACUGAGAAAAUACGUAUAGUUCGUAAGCAUAACAAGUACUUAUACAUACAUAGAAAAACAAAAACAAAAACUGAAACAUUAUUAUUAUGACUAUAAGUAUAUAUAUAUAAAUAUGUAUGAAACAACACAAAUUUCAAUAAAGUCAAGAUACAAAGCAAAAACAAAAACAAAAGCAUAAAAUAACUUCAUAACCAAAAGUAAAUGCUGAAAAACGGUAAAAAUAAAACAAAAAACAAAUAAUUAAAUGGGAGCGUGGAAAAUGAGGAAAAUUAAACAAAAACAAUUUGCAUAAGUGUAAAAUCGUAAAUUAUUCAUAAGACAAAUGUAAGAGAGAACUGCAGUAAAAACCAAUUUACGAACGUAGGCAGAUAAGUAAUGAAUAAUGUAAACACAAACGAAACACAUUCUCAUCUAAAUAUUGUACAUAUAAGUAAGUACAAGUGCAAGAAGAUUAAAUAAAACAAAAAUAAUGAAAGUAAAUAAAGACAAAAUUAAAGGAUGCUCUGCAAUAGCAAUAA